GUUGUCUCACCACCGAUGUCGGAACCCGGCCUGCCCUUCCUCAUCAUCGAGUCAAGCGCCAUCAAGCCUUACCACCGAGGGUUUUACUGCAGUGAUGAGAGCAUCAAGUACCCGCUGAAAACCGGCGAGACGAUCAACGAUGCCGUGCUGUGCGCCGUGGGGAUUGUCAUCGCCAUCCUCGCGAUCAUCACAGGGGAAUUCUACCGCAUCUAUUACCUGAAGGAGAAGUCCCGGUCAACGAUUCAGAACCCCUAUGUGGCGGCACUCUAUAAGCAAGUGGGUUGCUUCCUCUUUGGCUGUGCCAUCAGCCAGUCCUUCACAGACAUUGCCAAAGUGUCCAUAGGACGCCUGCGUCCUCACUUCUUGAGUGUCUGCGACCCAGACUUCAACCAGAUCAACUGCUCCCAGGGCUACAUUCAGAGCUACAAGUGCAGAGGAGAUGAGAACAAAAUCCAGGAAGCCAGGAAGUCCUUCUUCUCCGGCCACGCCUCCUUCUCCAUGUACACCAUGCUGUAUUUGGUGCUCUACCUGCAGGCCCGCUUCACUUGGCGAGGUGCCCGCCUGCUCCGGCCCCUCCUGCAGUUCACCCUCAUCAUGAUGGCCUUCUACACGGGACUGUCCCGCGUCUCCGACCACAAGCACCAUCCCAGUGAUGUCCUGGCAGGAUUUGCCCAAGGAGCCUUGGUGGCCUGCUGCAUAGUUUUCUUCGUGUCUGACCUCUUCAAGAGCAAGACGCCCCUGUCACUGCCAUCCCCCGCCAUCAGGAAGGAGAUCCUCUCGCCGGUGGACAUCAUUGACAGGAACAAUCACCACAACAUGGUGUAGGAGCCGCCCGCCUCUCCAGCUGUUUCUGUAACGUGACUGCUGACAGCCUCUGCUGCUCUCCAAUCUCAUCAGACAGUAGAAUGUAGGGAGAAAAACAAAAACACAAAAACUCUUCUUCUUCUUCUUCUUUUUCUUUUUUUGCCUGACUGAUUUUAAAAAGAAAGAAAGAAAGAAACAAAGUCUUACUUUGUGGCCUUCCCAAAUAGGUAGUUGCUCACCUGUGUGGAACCAACAGCGAACUAACACCAAGUGCCGGAAUCUGGAUGUGCCGUUGGCUCACGUGUUCAUGUUCUAGUGAACACGGCUUGUUCUGGAACAGACACUACGAGGGUUCAAGUCUUGUCUGGGGGUCACCUAUGUGGCCCAAGGAGCCCCAGGCCGGGGAGGAAAGCCAGAGAUAGCACUGACCCAAGAAAAUAGCCAUUGAGCGGGGAGGGAGGGGAGUGCCCCCUCCUGUCUCUCUGCCCACCCCACUUUUUCUUUACUGUGACUUUGGUUCAAGAAGUUCGUUUCUUGGGGGGCUUUGUUUGUUUUUAAGAUAAAAGGAAAGAGCUUGCUUGCUCGAUGGAAUUAUCCCGACUCCAAAUUCCCCGCCCCGAGACCUUAUCACUUACCCGGCCCACAGGCCAGUAACCACAGCCCCUCACGUUAGCUAGUGAUUAGGAGACUCUUUGUGGACGUGUGAAUUUCACAAAUAGCACAAUUUCAGAAGGCGUUCCAUUUGCCUUCUGCCUGGGCAUCAGCACUGGGACGCUUGCACACUCUUAGGAACGGUUAGACUUGGGUGACUGCCUCCUUCCUGCCAAUCUUGCUGUGUGCCCGCUGGAUUGUCCUGCAAGGGUCUGCAGAUGAGCAAAGGUGGGGCCCACAGCCCUCUGAGGGACAGUGGCCUUCUAUACUGGAGGUGGGGGAGUGCGGGG